AUGCGUCUCCACACAACUCUUGUACCAUUGGCUCCUGCACCUGAUACGGGGCCCGAUUGCAUGAGAUGCGGCAAGCCUAGCGACGAAUUCGUGACGAAAACUUCGAACCGUAACAACAAUGCAGGUCGACCAUAUUUUAAAUGUGUCCCAUGCAAUAAAUUCUUGGUUUUCAAUGACAUCCGUGGCAAUGAUCCCGAUAACCCGGUCUGUUAUUGUGGUGUUUCCAGUAAACGACAAGCUGCAGGGCGCUAUCGCCAAGUUCCGCGUGGUGUACAUUAUGUCUGUCGACUCGGCCGGUGUAAUUUUUAUAUGCCACAGAUAGGGAGUACCGGCCGUCAGGUGUCUCUGGAAGAUGUUGAAGAAGAGCUUUUGCAACUGCUAGUUCGAUUUUGUGUAAUUUAA